AUGGGACCUCCUCACAUCUCACUCACACGUUGUCAAUCCUCCCACUGCAUAAUACGUAAUAGAGAUGGAAGAGAGAAGGGCUGUGCUAGACUACUGGUACGUACACGCAUUCUCUCUCCCGGAGAGCUUGAGAAAGAGAGAGUGAGAUCCAUGGCGACCUACCGUCCGGACAGCAACACCCUCCUGGCGGACGACUCGAUCCUGGAGUACGUGCUGGAGACGACGGUGUACCCGCGGGAGCACGAGCGCCUGCGCGAGCUCCGCCUCAUCACGCAGCAGCACGCCAAGUCCUUCAUGGGGUCGUCGCCGGACCAGAUGCAGUUCUUCUCCGUCCUGCUCAAGAUGAUCGGCGCCAGCAACACAAUCGAGGUCGGCGUGUUCACCGGAUACUCACUGCUCACCACCGCUCUCGCCCUCCCCGCCGGCGGCAAGGUGGUGGCGAUCGAUGCGAGCCGGGAGUACUACGAGCUGGGGCGGCCGGUGAUCGAGAAGGCCGGCGUCGCGCACAAGGUGAACUUCCGCGAGGGCGACGGGGUCGCCGAGCUCGACAAGAUCCUGUCCGAGGACGGCGGCGCCAGGGCCGGCACGUUCGACUUCGCGUACGCGGACGCGGACAAGCUGCAGUACGCGGGGUACCACGAGCGGCUGCUGCGCCUGGUGCGCGUCGGCGGCGCCAUCGCCUACGACAACACGCUCUGGGGCGGCUCCGUGGCCAUGCCCCGCGACAAGCCGGGCAGCUCCGAAUACGACCGCCGGGUGCGGGACAGCUUCCUUGAGUUCAACGCCGCCGUCGCCGCAGACGACCGCGUCGAGGCCUGCAUCGUCCCCAUCGCCGACGGCGUCACGCUGUGCCGCCGCGUCAAAUGA